UAAACAUGAGAAAGUUCUGGUCAUCCAAAUCACCUCGUUUACGUAGAUGAAUUUACCAAUCUGAGCUGGUAAAUUUUUAGUGAACGGAAAUACUGUUACUAAACUUGAUGAGGCUCUGGGUACAUUAUUUUGGUCAAAACAUUCAAUGCUAUGAUGAUUAAAGACACUGCAAGAAUUGCCAUUUGCUUCUCUAUUCUUUCCAAGAAACAAACUUUCUUGGAAUCUAAUUCGCACUUUUAUCUGUUGCCAUUUGUCUAUUUUCAUCAGGAGACUUCAAUUUUUCUGCAAGAUAGCAUGUUCAUUACUGAGAAGUGAAAAUUUGAUCACUCUACUAGAGUUAUAUUCUGAAUUUGGCAUAACAAGCUCAUAGUUGCUGAAGAUGACUGCUGCCAAAAGAAAAAAGCAGAGUUUCAGUAGAAUCAGUAAUAUAUCCAGGCAAGAAUCUUUAGAGCACUCUCUAAUUGGAGGGCCAGGCUUUUCAAGAUUAGUUUUUUGCAAUGAUCCUGGAAGGUCUGAAGCAGUUCCAUUAAAUUACGCAAGCAACUAUGUCAGAACUACCAAGUACACUGCUGUAACAUUUCUGCCAAGAGCAUUGUUCGAGCAGUUCAGAAGAGUUGCAAAUAUGUUUUUUCUUUUCACUGCAAUUUUGUCCUUCACCCCGCUCUCGCCUACAUCUCCUCUUUCUACUGUUGUUCCAUUUGCUUUUGUGGUUGGAAUCACUAUGGUGAAAGAGCUUGUUGAAGACUUGAGGAGGAAAAAGCAGGAUAUUGAAGUAAACAACAGGUUAGUUAAAGUGUACAGCAGUCAUGGAAGUUUUCAAUACGUCAAGUGGAUGGAUUUGAGAGUUGGAGAUGUAGUGAAAGUGGAGAAGGAUGAAUUCUUUCCUGCUGAUCUUGUUUUGCUUUCAUCAAGUUAUGAAGAUCCAAUUUGCUACGUUGAGACAACAAACCUGGAUGGAGAAACAAAUUUGAAGCUAAAGCAAGCAUUACAAGCAACCUCAUAUUUAAAUGAAGACUCAGCAUUCAAGGACUUUAGGGGGAUAAUAAGAUGUGAAGAUCCUAAUGCAAAUUUAUAUUCUUUUGUUGGAAAUUUGGAUGUUGCAGGACAACGUUAUCCUCUUACACUUAAUCAAUUGCUUCUAAGAGAUUCAAAGCUAAAGAACACUGAUUACAUCUAUGGAGUUGUUAUCUUCACUGGCCAUGAUACAAAGGUUGUCCAGAACUCUGUAACACCCCCAUCCAAAAGGAGCAAGAUUGAAAAGCAAACAGAUAAGCUUGUCUACUUGUUAUUCGCUGUUUUAGUUCUUAUGUCUUUUACUGGGUCACUGGUCUUUGGAAUUGCAACAAGAGAAGACCUGCAACAUGGCAGGAUGAAAAGAUGGUAUCUUAGACCAGAUGAGACCACAAUAUACUAUAAUCCAAAGAGAGCACCUAUUGCUGCAACACUGCAAUUCUUUACUGCCCUUUUGUUGUAUAGUUACUUGAUCCCCAUAUCAUUAUAUGUUUCAGUAGAGAUUGUAAAAGUUCUUCAGAGCUUUCUCAUCAACAAAGAUUUGCACAUGUAUUAUGAAGAAGGUGACAAACCAGCACAUGCACGUACCUCUAAUUUGAAUGAGGAACUUGGCCAAGUUGACACUAUACUUUCAGAUAAAACAGGAACGUUGACUUGCAACUCCAUGGAUUUUGUUAAGUGUUCUAUUGCAGGAACAUCCUAUGGGUAUGGAGUCACUGAGGUAGAAAGGGCUUUGGCCAGGAAAAAAACAUCAUCUUUGGCUCAGGAGAAGUCAGAUGAAGAUUUUCAUGAAUUCUACAUGGAAACUAACCCACUUGUAAAAGGUUUUAAUUUUAAGGAUGAAAGGAUCACGAAUGGCCGCUGGGUUAAUGAGCCUUAUUCAGAUGUUAUCUUGAAAUUCUUUCGGUUAUUGGCCAUCUGCCAUACAGCAAUACCUGAUGUGAAUGAAGAAAAUGGAACAGUGACAUACGAAGCUGAAUCACCAGAUGAGGCAGCCUUUGUAGUUGCAGCCAGAGAAGUUGGAUUUGAGUUUUGCGAGAGGUCUCAAGCAAGCAUCUCAAUCAAUGAGUUAGAUCCACUAACUGGCAAGAAGGUUAAAAGAAUUUUUGAACUUCUAAAAGUUAUCGAGUUCAGUAGUUCAAGAAAGAGGAUGUCUGUGAUUAUAAGAGACGAGGAAGGGAACCUGCUUCUGCUUUGUAAAGGUGCUGACAGCAUCAUGUUUCAAAGACUGGCAUCUAAUGGAAGGGAGUUUGAAGAGCAUACAAGGUUACACAUUAAUGAGUAUGCUAAUGCUGGUUUGAGAACCAUGGUACUUGCAUAUCGCCAACUUGAAGAGGUUGAAUACCAGAGGUUUAAUGAGGAGUUUACAAAAGCCAAAAACAUGAUAAUUGCAGAUCAGGAGAAAAUAGCUGAAGCUGUAGCAGAAACAAUUGAGAAGGAUUUGAUACUGCUUGGUGCAACAGCUGUUGAAGACAAACUGCAAAUUGGGGUUCCUGAAUGCAUCGACAAACUUGCACGAGCUGGAAUAAAAAUUUGGGUUUUGACAGGAGACAAGAUGGAGACUGCAAUCAAUAUAGGUUUCGCAUGUAGUCUGCUUAGGCAAGGAAUGAAGCAUAUCAUAAUCAACUCGGAGACCGCAGAAUUUGAUGCACUGGAAAAAUCUCUAAAUGAGUCAGCAGCUAGUGAGGCACUCAAGGCUAACAUCUUCCAUCAGAUAGAGAAGGCAAAUGACCUACUUGCUUCAUCAAACGAGUCACUUUCCCUGAUCAUAGAUGGAAAGGCCCUUACUUAUGCCCUGGACAUUGAUGUGAAGGACUUUUUUUUGGAGCUUGCAAUUAGCUGUUCAACUGUUAUAUGUUGUCGCUCAACACCUAAACAAAAAGCACUAGUUACAAGACUUGUAAAACUGAAAACUCGUAAAACAACACUUGCAAUUGGAGAUGGUGCAAAUGAUGUUGGGAUGCUUCAAGAAGCAGACAUUGGUGUGGGUAUAAGUGGUUUUGAAGGAAUGCAGGCAGUUAUGUCAAGCGAUAUAGCAAUUGGACAGUUCCGCUAUAUGGAGCGCUUAUUACUUGUACAUGGUCAUUGGUGCUACAGAAGGAUCUCUUUAAUGAUCUGUUAUUUCUUUUACAAGAAUAUAGCAUUUGGAUUCACUCUUUUCUUCUAUCAAGCGUAUGCAUCUUUCUCCGGACAAACUGUGUACAACGAGUGGUGUUUGUCAUUAUAUAAUGUCUUGUUUACAUCUCUCCCCGCAAUUGCCCUUGGAGUCUUUGAUCAGGAUAUACCUGCACGACUAUGUCUCAAGUUUCCAGUACUUUAUCAACAAGGUGUACAGAAUGUUCUUUUUAGCUGGUUCCGGAUCAUUGGGUGGGCAUCCAACGCAAUUUUUAGUUCCAUCUGCAUCUUCCUUAUUUGCAUUCUUGGAUUGGAGGAUCAAGCUUUUCGUAGAGGUGGUGAAGUCGUUGGACUAGAAAUACUUGGCGCAACUAUGUACACUUGUGUGGUGUGGGUGGUGAACUGUCAAAUGGCUCUUUCUAUCAAUUACUUCACAUACAUACAGCAUCUCUUUAUAUGGGGAGGAAUUGCACUUUGGUAUAUAUUUCUUUUGGCGUUUGGAGCCAUGGACCCCAGCAUUUCAACAACAGCCUUCAUGGUGUUCAUUGAAGCCUGUGCACCAUCGCCAUCCUUCUGGUUAAUUUUACCCCUGGUUCUGUUUGUGGCUCUUCUGCCAUACUUCACUUACACAGCAAUCCAAAUGCAUUUCUUCCCAAUGAGCCACCAGAUGAUACAGCUCAUGUAUGCUCAAUCUGAUGAUACCGAAUUUGUUUAGACUAGAGAAUCAAAAGACCUUCAAUGCUACGUCUCAUACUGCAAGCAGAAAUCAGUUUCUGUCCAGGAUCUUAAUGAAUGAGGCGAGUAAAAGUUUUCCUCAUGUUGAUGAUAAAAGUGAUACUUAACCUUGCUGCAGCAUAGGAAAUUACGUUGCAUAUUUGCAAGUUUUGUAGUCCAAGCAUUUGUAGGUUAUCAUGAGCCGAUUUAUUCAUGUCAGAGAAGAUUGUUGUACUCAUAGGUAGUGAGGUUGUAAAUGAAGCUAUAGAGAGGCCUAUAUUCGUGGCUUUGAGCAAUACUGAUAUUUUGUAUACCUAUGCAUGUAUUCUGUCACAGAAGGGAAGUUCGGCUUAUUUCGUCGUUAAA